AUGGACUUACCAGAUGAGAGCCAGUGGGAUGAAACCACCUGCAAGUUGGCCAUUUGUCAGCAUCCACAAUGCUGGGCCACGAUCCGCCGUAUUGAGAGGGGCCACCCUCGAAUCCUGGGCUCCCCCUGUAAAACAACUCCAAAUGAUGAAGACAAACUCCCCGUGCUCACCAUUGUAAACAUGGCAGAUUCCUGCAUCCGGGCCAAGAGACAUGCUCAUCAUUUAUCAGGAUUUACCUUCACCAAACCUCCCUCUUUACUGUAUCCAGGUUCAAAGCUUGACUCCAAAUUCCGAGGCAGGCCUCGGGAAGAUUUACCUGACAAAGAUUUAAUCGACCGUCCUGAUAGAUCUCCUAAACUUUCAGUGCUGAAUUUGAAUGAGACACAACUUCCCAGCCCUCAAGAUGUUAGAAAUAUGGUUGUAAUCUGGAUCCCAGAACAACCAGAGAGGCAUGUGAGUCCAGCCGAGAAGAAGCAUAUUCUUCCCAGCCAGGACUGGAUGAAGAAAAGAAUGAAAUCUACAGGGGUAAAAACACAGCUGGGACCUCCAGGGAUGAUUGUGCCUCCUCCCCCCUCACCAGUACGCUUUUUUGAGCAACUAAACGCAGAGUCCAUACCUUUCUGGAACCAAUUUGACAUGUUACCUCGGGAUCUACUGAAGGACCUCUUACCUGAUGAAGGGAAAACCAUGCCUUCUCUGGAGAUGAAGACACAAUUGGCCAUGAUGAAGAAGAAAGCUCCCCUGGAAAAGAGCCGACCUGACAGUGCCAUUUCUGCUAAGAUGUUCUUAUCCAUACACCGUCUCACCCUGCAGAGACCAGCAUUGAGAUAUCCUAAACAUUUGAAGAAAUUGUAUUACACCCCGAACAUAGAAGGUCACAAGAAGCAGCAGCAGAGGAAGGUGAAAACCCCACCGAAGAGACAGGAGGCUAAAAAGAAAUCCAAGAGUGAUCCGGGGAGCCAGGACAUUUUGCAUAAAUGUUCGGGUGCCAUGGUGUGUGGCCCACGCUAUGAUCCUGAGUUAUCCAAGAUAGAACCCUCUAACAAGGACAUCAGCACUCAGGAAGAGGUUGUGCCGGAAUCCCAAGAGAGGAGCUCAGAGGACCUCUCAGACGAUACAUCUAGAAGAGGGUGGAACCCGGAGCUCAAACUCCUGAGGAUUCUUGAGGCCACUGAUGAUGAGGAUGAGGAGAACCAGCUCUCUGGGUCACAGAGUGAAGAGUCUUAUGGGAUUUCACAGGACAGCCUUACUCCAGAGCAGGAUGCUUGGAAUCCCAAGGACAGUGACCUUGGACAUAAGGACAGAAAGGAGAGGGGACUUCUGCUCCCGGGAGCCUUUACCAGGGCCUGA